AUGGCCCCCGGUAUCCUCAAGCCUUUGGCUGUCUUCUGCAGUCAAUCUCAAUCUCAGAAAUACAUCAAGAAGAUUAGGAACCUGGGUGAUGCAUGGCGCACACUUUCCGAGGAGGCUGCGGCGGAGUCGGAUCGGAACUCUGCUGUGAUCGAAACGCAAUUUGACUUCACCAUGAAAAUCGCCAAUGCAGUGGCGGAAUCAGAAUCAAUAUUAGUUGAGAUGACCACAUCUGAGGCACCGUCAUCCCUUGAAUCGCCCGCACAGAUAAAAUCUGUCCGACAUUACCGUAUCUUUGCAGACUAUGGUACGGACUUUAUAUGGCGGAGUCUGGAUGACAUUACACAUGACGAAGACUCUCACGUAGAGUCGGAAGAAGUUCUCUCCUCAUUUCCCUCCUCGGUCCUUGACCUCUACGACGCAUGGGUGCAACAGUAUACGGACAACUUCAAGAAAAGAUGCGAGGACACUCAAGAUUAUUCAGCCAAUGUCUUCUCCACUGUUUCGGAGGAAGUGGCGUGGAAUGUCGCUGGGUAUCUCUUAGCUUGGCGCAUUGCAAUUGCGCCUCAAAUUGGGUGCGUGGAGUUCUCCGCGGGCCAUUCAAAAUACUUGUUGGAGCGAGGGAAAGAGACGAGUGUAACUCUAGAAUUUCUGAAGGACCAAGUCAGACUUUUGGCUGAUCGCGAACCUUCAGAAUAA